CAGCAAAUCAUCAACCAAAUUGCACAGGACGCAAGCGAAGACAACGGCGGCCGGCGCCGUCAGUUUGUAUGUACAGUUGCCGGAUGCGGCAAAAUAUUCUAUCAGCGAGCACAUCUGAAUAUACAUAUUCGCUCGCAUACUGGGUACAAGCCAUAUGCAUGUCGGUACCCGGGAUGCGGCAAGUCAUUUCCCCAGCUGGGAAACAUGCGGACACACGAGCGGAUACACACAGGAGAUCGGCCGUUUCAGUGCCACAUAGCCGGCUGCGAAAAGGCCUUUACGCAGAUGGGGAACCUCAAGACACACCUGAAA